GUAUGACGAGCGACCUGACGCGGUGGUCGCUUGUAUCGUAGGCAACGUUACGACCGAAUCAGAUUAUAAAGCUGCAGCGCAGGCUGAUAACGCAGUAUUUAGAACCUCAUUUCGGGCUGAAAUGACUCCGCGGAUGGAUAACUGCUCCAAAAUGGCCAGUAUGGCAUGGCUGAUGGUGUUGUUGCAGUUGAUGUCAGUUGAAGCUGAAGCCAGUGUAGGACCCAGUAACUCCUCCAGUUUCUGUACAGAGACAGAGGAGUGUCUCCUGUUUGACCUGGUGUGCAAGACCACGCAGUACGAGGUGCGUCACUAUGGCCCCGCCCGGUGGGUGUCCAGCGAUUCGGAGGCCCUCUUCAUGGAGGUGGGCACUGCCCUGGCCUUCAGGAGGCUUUUCAAAUACAUCACAGGAGCCAAUGAGGAGGGUGUGAUGGUUAACAUGACAGCUCCCAUCCUGAUCAAAAUCCCGGACGAAAAGAGGAAGUGGAAGGCAACAGUCUACACUCUCAGCUUCCUGCUACCUUCAGCCUACCAGGAGAGCCCUCCCAAACCAACCAAUGAGAAGGUGUACUUCACAGACAUGCCUGACAUGACCGUGUACGUGAGGUGCUACGGGGGAUGGAUCCUGUCUGUGACCUCCGGCCUACAGGCCCACCUGCUGAGGAAGGACCUGAAUGCUGUGCAGGCCUCCUACAACAGCAGCUACAGCUACGCAGUGGGCUAUGACAGUCCCAUGAAGCUGCUUCACAGGCACAAUGAGGUGUGGUACAUUGCUGAGGGGGAGCCAGUGUGCACCUUACCUCAGCCACCCCCAUCCAGGGCCCCCCAAACCACAACUACAGGAAAUACCACACUGACCUAGAGGGAACCGCCGGAGGAUAACAUCCAGUUCCUGCUCAACGCCACCUGUCCAUCCAUCUUGCUUUAGUGAAACUUACUUAGCCCUAUUGAACCUGACACCAGUCAGCUAGUGCAUGCAGCGCAAUAGAGCAAUGCAUUGAGCAUCCUGGCCAGUAUGACCUCCAACAGUAACAUUGCACAUUCAUCUGUAGAAAUAAUCUUUGAGGUCAGGAGGACCUUUGUAUGCAGACACCAAUAAUAGAUAAGCCAAAGGUUAAGCGAGACAAGAGAAGUCAGGCAUUUAUACAUAUUAGCUGCACAGGAUAGAAGGGCAGUUUGUCAGUGUAAAAGCUUGGAAAACAAGGCAGAAAUGCUAUACUUUUGUACAAAUUAACUUUGGCAUGCAAAUCCUACGAAAUAAAAUAUUUUGGGCAGAAAUAUUAUGAAGGUAAUCUUCUUUUAGGCAUGUGGAAUUAACUCUAUGACUAGUAUUUCAAUGAAAACUGCAACAAAAACUAAAUAAGAACAAAACUAUGCUUUUUAAAAUUUAUUUAAUGAAGGCUAUUAACUGUUAAUAGUCAACUGUCAACUGUUAACAGUGAUAAAGAAACAAAUAUAUCUCAUGUCUCUGUGGUGAAUCAGCUGACCUGCCUAAAUGUGUAUUGUAGAUGUAGCCCGAUUCCAAUCUCUGGACCUCCGGGGAUCAAGAGGCCUUGCUAAUGCUGAAGUGUGCCUUUGCCUGGUGGAACCAGGGCUGGACUGAGAAAAAACAUCUGGUCUGGUAUUUAAGGCUUUGAUUAGCCCGCAUCCAAUGUAAAAAAAGAAAAGAAAAAAAGAAAAAUGGGUCUGAGUUAAUUAGCUGCAACAAAUUUGCCACUAUAGCUAAUAUGGUUUGGCAACUAGCUAGGUGUAGCAAGCUAGGGUUUGCGAUAUAAAACAUAAUCGCAGCUAGUUGGUAGAUAGCGAACUAGCUAUCUAAGGUAAUACUGAAGUGUUAUGCCUUCUGCUUGGUAGCUAGUUUGAUAACUUCUGCAACUAAUAUAGUUCAUUAUAUUAAUAUAAAAAUGUAUUAAUAUAAUUGUAGGUAUUAAAAACAAACAAAUGCAACCGUCCAAACCCCAUGUUUAUUUCAGAAUUAAUUUGAAAGUUUUAUGAUGCAAAAAUGCUUAAAGUAACCUCCAUUUUACACGGCAUGCAGCAUGUUGCUGUACAGCUGUAGUCAAAAAGAAUGGUAACAGAUUGUGUGUAUUUAGACCAGAUGUGGAUGCAGAGUUUGUUGUAUGCGUCUGGUCUAUUUUUGCUGCUGAAGUGUUUUGUGCUGCAUCAUACCAAUUCACUUUAAAAUGCUGAGGACACAUGAUCUGAUUUUUUAUCAUUAUAUGACUGUGUUUCCAUAGAUUCCACUAAUGCUUAUUUAAGCAGGUUAAAAUAAGCUUUUUCGUCAUAUUUUCUUCUCGUGAAAAAUAAACAAGAAAAUGUGAACUUUGAAAA